UUAUAGUUUGCCUAACGUCUCCACGCUUCCUUUCUUUACCAUCUGUGGGCAGUCUUGGUUUCAUCUCUGUCCCCAUUUCACACUGUUCUACUGAUAAGAACUAGAUCUUCACACCAAGUCGCGAAACGCCACUCUCUCUCUCUCUCUCUCUCUCUCUGCUCGUAUCUUAUGAUCACCAGUAUUGGAGUUAACAGUAUGAUUACCAGGAAACCCACUUUAAAAUUCUUCUAUUGGGCCCUCACCAUUCUCCUCGUACUGAGUUUCAAUGCUGUUGUAAAGGCCUCUGACGUAGCCCCAGAUGCUCAGGACACCGAAGAUUUAGAGGGUAUUGAAGAAUUACUAGCAGUGGACGAAGAAGUAGAGAAGGAAGCAGAAGGGGGUAGUGGGGUGAAGUCAUCGGAAGCGGACGUUUUAACCAAGGCCCAAAGAAUCGUUCUUGAGCUCAACAAUGACAACACCAAGAGGGUUAUUGAUGGUUUUGAGUUCGUUCUGGUUCUGGGGUAUGCGCCGUGGUGUCCUAGGAGUGCUGAAUUAAUGCCCCAAUUUGCAGAGGCUGCGACUUUACUGAAGGAAUUGGGAAGCCCUCUUCAAAUGGCGAAGCUUGAUGCUGAUAGGUAUCCUAAGUCUGCUUCGCUCCUUGGGAUCAAAGGUUUCCCCACUAUGCUUCUGUUUGUUAAUGGUAGCUCCCAAGUGUACUCAGGUGGUUUCACAGCGGAUGAUAUAGUGAUAUGGACGAGAAAGAAGACCAGCACACCCGUCAUUAGAAUAAGCUCUGUCUCAGAGGCAGAACAAUUUCUUAAGAAGUAUCAUACAUUUGUCAUUGGUCUGUUUGAUAAAUUUGAGGGUUCUGACUAUGAAGAAUUUGUUAAAGCUGCAAAGUCCGAUAAUGAAACCCAGUUUGUUGAAGUGAAUAAGGCUGAGCUAGCCAAAGUUCUUUUUCCAGAUCUCAAACAUUCUGAUCGUUUUCUUGGCAUUGUUAAAAGCGAGCCUGAAAGAUAUACUGCAUAUGAUGGAACCUUCAGCAUGGAUAAAAUGUUGGAGUUUUUGGACUACAAUAAGUUUCCAUUAGUGACAAAACUGACACAGAUGAAUUCUAUGAGAGUCUACUCCAGCCCAGUCAAGCUUCAGGUUUAUGUCUUCACGAACAAUGAUGACUUCAAGAAUCUUCUUGAGCCUCUUCAAGAUGUUGCAAGGACUUUCAAGUCAAGGAUCAUGUUUAUACAUGUGGAUAUUAACGAUGAGAAUCUGGCAAAGCCCUUCCUAACAUUGCUUGGUCUAGAAGAAUCAAAACAUACAGUGGUUGCUGCAUUUGAGAAUGGAGGGAGGUCAAAGUUUUUGUUGGAAUCAAAACCGACGAGAAGCAAUAUUGAAGAGUUCUGUAACAAACUUGUGGAUGGUUCUCUGUCACCAUACUUCAAAUCACAGCCAAUACCAGAUAACACAAACGCUAGUGUCCAUGUUGUUGUGGGGAAAACUCUUGAUGACAUGGUUCUGAACAGCGAGAAAAGUGUGCUUCUAGAGGUAUUUGCACCUUGGUGUAUCAAUUGUGAGGCCACAAGCAAACAAGUAGAGAAGUUGGCUAAGCACUACAAAGGAUCAAGUAAUCUAAUGUUUGCAAGAAUAGAUGCUUCAGCUAAUGAACACCCAAAACUGCAAGUGAAUGAUUAUCCAACUCUCCUACUUUACAGAGCAAGUGAUAAGACCAAUCCGAUCAAACUUUCUUCAAAAUCUAGUUUGAAAGAAUUGGCUGCAUCCAUCAACAAGCAUUUAAAAGUCAAGGAUCAAACCGUCAAAGAUGAAUUAUAGGAGAUAGAAAAUAUUUUUUUGUAAGAGAAAAAAUAUCAUCAAGAGGGAAAAUGUUACAUGGAAAAAAUCAAGGAAAAGGAGAGAAUGAUGGAAACUUAGACAUUUAAAGGCUUAUGCUUGAGUAUUUUUUAUUUUUUUUUUCUUCUUAUCCUGAGACUGUGGGUUGGUCUGAUGUAUUUUCAAUUGGCUGAAUCCAUGACUGUAAAAGCAUGAGCUUAUUGCCAAAAUGCAAAAGCUAGACGGAUAAAUUAUAAAGUGGAUAUACUUGAGAGUUA